CGGGCUCGUCCUAUGUUUUACAAAGUAGAUACAUACCUUAACCUGUUCCAACUUAUUGUUUAUUUUGUUUACUUGAUUUGUUUAUCAGUUUUGUUACCUAUUGCUAAGUAAUUUUAAAUAUAAAAAAGAUAUGGGUAGUAUCGAAGUUUCUUGUGCAUUUACGGAAAAGUAAAGAUCACAAUAAUUAUUCUCACUAAUACUAAUUGUAUAAUAAUGCAUCAUAAUUAUAUAAAAUAAAAAUAUAUUUACUAAUGUUUAUAUAAUCAGCAAUAGCAUGUCAACGCAGCUGCCUGAUCACAAAGCUCUUAGCGUGUGUUGUUGCUGUUUGGAACUUGCUUGGAAACAGUGUCUGUGGAAGCCACACACAUGGAUGGACCGGCAAGAAAUCUAUGGGGAGAUGUUGCAAGAAUGCUUCGCAAUUCUGGUGAUUGUCAUUCACAUACACCAAAUUUUUAAGACAAAUGGUUUAAUAUGUGGGAUAAAUUUAUCCAAAUGUGGAACAUAAAAGAGUUCUUAUAUGUGAGUUGUGCAUUACACAGCUGCGCAGUGCCCUAAAUUUCAAACGCCAGGUGCUGACUUGCCAGGAGUUAUUGUUGAACAAUGAUGUAGAACUCCAAAAAAUGCCCAAUUUAAAUAAGAGUUCUAUGCCAAAGGGCAUGGAAGUGGAUGCCGAUGAUAGCUGUGAAUACUAUGCUAAUGAUGAUCAAUUGAGCAAUUUCAGCCAUGAAAUUGCUUCUCCAGCUGAACCAGGACCACCACAUAUUGCCAAUGACUUUGCUAAAGAACUAGAAUUAAUAGGGAACAAAGAACAAAUUACAAAACCAUAUUCAUCCAAUAAGGAAAAUGAGGAAAAUAAAAAGAAUGUAAAAAAGAAACCUAAAGAAAAACUCGGCAAACAAGGCGAAAAACGUUAUACCAAUUAUCUGAAACCACGAUUGAAUGUUGGCUUGCUACUGGAAAAUUCUACACUGUUGCCUUUCAAAGCGGACAAGGGGUGUUUCCUUUGUUUCUACUGUGUGAAACAGUUUGCAUUAUUUGAGGAGUUGAAGCAACACACUAUAAUGAGUCAUUCAGAUGUCUCCUCCAAAGACAUUAUAAAGCGACUCUACAAACCCGAGAGAGUCAGGGCGGAGGCAAGCAAUAUCAGUUGUAAGAUAUGCCAUCAAAAACUGGAUACAGUCAGUUCCCUUGUGGAGCAUUUGAUUCGAAGACACGACAUUAAGUUCAGUGACCACGAGAGGAAGCCCGUUGAUUGCAUUAUUGCGUACGAUUUGAGCGACGGUAAAAACAGGUGCAUCAUCUGCAAGAAAGAAUUCUUUUUUUUUAAAUCUUUGUCUAAGCACAUGAAUGAGCAUACCACAAACUAUGUAUGUCCCAUAUGUGGCAAGUGCUUUUUAUUACCAAAAAGAUUGCAGACCCACAAAAAUGCACAUAAAGCAGGACCUUCCGUGGAAUGUGGGCAAUGCGGAAAGAAGAUGAAGAACGAAUACUUGCUCAAGGCCCACAUUAGAAAUGUUCACAACAAGCCAAAGUAUGGGUGCACGGUAUGCAACUUAAAGUUUUGCACGUUCAGGGACAGACUGGCGCAUUUGGAUAAAAGCCACGGUAUGAAAACAACCAAUUUGAAAUGUUCGCAAUGCGACAAGUCGUUUAAGUUGCCGCAGACACUGAGCGCUCACAUGAGACACACACAUAUGAAGAUACGGAACGAUGGUCACUACCCAUGCAACAUGUGCUCCAGAGUGUUUAACAAAAAGAGCGGUCUGAAAACACAUUCACUGGUGCACACGAAAGAGAGGAAUUUCGAGUGUCGCGUGUGCAAUAAGAAGUUCGGGCGAAACUCAACAUUGUUGGAGCACCUGCGUAUCCACGCGGACGAGAGGCGCUGGGCGUGCGGCGCGUGCGGCGCCGCCUUCGUGCAGAAGUGCAGGCUGCGCGCGCACAUCAACGGGCGUCACGCAGGCGCCGACAUCAGUGACCUUGUGAUUUGUAGAAAACGGCAAGGAUAACUAUUUUUGGGAUAUUUGUAAAUUUUAGUUGACUAUCAACAACUUUGAUGGUCCGACACACUUUGAGAAAUAUAAUGGAAAUUCGAUUUUUUAUGAGGCUUAGAUGACCUAUAUUAUAACAUUAAAUAGCAUUGUUCAAGUGUUG